AUGAUCACCAGCAAGCCAAUCUUAAUCUCAGGCGCCGGGCUCUCAUCGCUGCUCCUCGCGCAAUCCUUCAAACGAUCUCAAAUUCCCUUCAGAAUCUUUGAGCGUGACGCAUCGUUCACAUUUCGCGCUCAAGGGUAUCGUCUACGUCUGUCGGCAGAAGGCUUGGACGCUAUCGAGUCUGUACUUGAGCCUCAGCUAUGGAAGCACUUUUGGGAGACAUGCGGCAAAACCGGCGGUAGCGGGUUUUCUGAGCUAGAUGCCGUCACGGGGGAGGAAACGGAGCAUUCUGCACCUGAACAAUUAUCCUCUCGCGACAACAAGAUUGUAGGGAUAGCAAGAGGAGACAUGAGAAAGAUCUUCGCACAAGGAUGCGAAGAAUCCAUUGAGUGGGCCAAGCAUGUGACAGGGUACGAGCUGACUGAGGAUGGCGUAAGGGCCGUGUUUGCGGAUGGCACCAAGUCAACCGAAGGUUCUAUGCUUAUUGCCGGGGAGGGCAUUUACUCGAGGGUCGCCAGGCAAGUGUCUGGCGGAAGACUCAAGGUGUACGAUACUGGCGCCAGGGGGAUCCACGGUCAAGCGUCGACCACGGCAUUCAAGAAGCUUGGAGAGGGCGUUUUCCGAUUGCGAGACAAGUCACGACCCAACGGCGAUGUCUUCAUCAUGACAAACGUUCGCUCUCGUGACAUGGAUGAUCCCACUGUCAAGUUUGGUUGGACUAUGGGUGGUCAACCAGGUGUAAUACGGGCCCCGAAUGACGACUACUCCAUCGUGGGGAAGGAAGCAGCUGAUAUUGCCAAAUCACUGGUUAAGAACUGGCAUCCCCGCUUCAAACCACUGUUCGACGAAAUGGAUGAAUCUGAAGCCGCAUUUUGGAAAAUCACUUGUUCUACUCCCUGGGGCGUGCCUGAGUGGCCCAACGAGCCUCGAGUAACUGUCAUCGGAGAUGCGGCACACUCCAUGACGCCCGCAGGAGGUCUCGGUGCCAACACAGCAGUGCAGGAUGCGGCGCUUCUUGGGAAGCUUUUGGCAGAAGCUGGCGGCUUCAAACCCGGCGUCACAGAAGCGUACGAGAAAGGAAUGAGAGUCUAUGGAAGUGCCGCCGUUCACCAGAGCUACUCAAUUGCCUCAAAGGUGUUCGGAAUUCAAAUUGACGAAGAGUCUCCCACCAUCUAG